ACAUGUCAGCUGUUCCUCAGCUGAUCGGAAGUGCAAUCGAUACCUAUUUGUUUGCUCAAACCUGUAACGGAAAGCCAUGGCUGAGGCCAUAGCAGACACGAGAAGGCUGUACACUAAACCACAAAACCUGAACGAUGCGUAUGGGCCACCGAGUAACUUUCUAGAGAUUGAUGUUUCAAACCCCGAGACGGUUGGCGUCGGUCGGAACAGGUUCACGACGUACGAGAUCAGACUGAAGACAAACCUCCCUAUCUUCAAGCUGAAGGAGUCACGUGUCCGGAGGAGAUACAGCGACUUUGAGUGGCUGAGAGGAGAGCUGGAGAGAGAAAGCAAGGUGGUAGUUCCUCCUCUUCCUGGAAAGGCUCUGUUCAGGCAGCUCCCAUUCCGUGGGGAUGACGGUAUAUUUGACGACUCUUUUAUCGAAGAACGGCGGCAAGGCCUAGAACAGUUCCUCAACAACACCUGGAGAAGGGGGACGCAUUCCCAUCAUACUUCUAGACUAUGUAGUGGCUGGUCAUCCAUUGGCCCAAAAUGAGCGCUGCCUGCACAUGUUUCUACAGGAGGAGUCAGUGGAUAAAAACUACACCCCUUCCAAAAUUAGACAAGCCUGAACCGGUCUGGACUCUACACACGCACACACACACACACAAACAUGGCCCACAAGCAAUAAGAAAGGUUUGAAUCAUUCUUAACAGCAACAGAAUCUUAGCAUGAACCAUAGGGUGUCCAAAACAUUUACAAAAUAAUUGAAAAUGUUCUCUAGCGUUAGUUGUGUCCCUUCACUUCUCCAAAAGUACUUUUUUGAUCUCUGCUUAUAGAUUGUUUCAGUCUUUCUGUUUUGAUUCACAAAUCCAUAAUGUUAAUAUUACCACUUUAAGUCAGAUCAAAUACGUUCUUAUGUGUAAUUCAUUGUGGUUAAUAAUUAUUUACGGUAGUUUUGUCUGAGAGCACCACUAACUACGAUUAGUACAAGAUCAAAUGAAACAAACCAAAUAACUAUAUCACAAUUAUGCAAGCACUAUAUUAUCACACACAUCGGCUUCCCUGUGUUAUUGCUACAACCUACUUGUGUUGCUUUUAAUGUUCAAGAACAUGUACAGCAGCUCACCGUGCAGGAUGCACUUAAUUGGGAACCUCCUUUAUACGUGGUGGUUAAUCUUGUGCCGUGUGCCCCACUUAGCUGCAGACAAGUCUGUUUUUACUGUGUAAUGGCGGAACACAGCGAGUGCUGCCUACAAUGCAUGUUUCCAGAUUUGUAUACUGCUGUGCCAUUGUUUUGUUUAUGAGAAUUUUCCAAUAAAAUGGAUCAAACACA